AUGGCCACCACCACCCAACCCUUCACGCCCCUCCUAAUCGGCCUCUCCGGCCCGUCCUCCAGCGGCAAAACCACGCUCGCGCGCCUCCUGCACCGAGUCUUCAACGCCCACCCCGCAACGCCCACCACACACCACCGCAGCAUCACCCUCUUCAUCCUGCACGAAGACGACUUCUACAAAACCGACGCCGCCAUCCCCCUCAUCACCACUGGGCCCUCCUGCCCCUCGGGUCUGGGCUCCCGCACCCUCCAGGACUGGGACUGUCUGGGCAGUCUGGACCUCCCGCUAUUCCGGCAGACCAUGCGGCACGUGAGGACGCACGGCACGCUCCCGCCGGACUCGCACAGCAAGGAGGACCAGAACAGCGUGGGGCCCGUCGACAUCCCGCCCGAGCUGCCGGGAAGGCUGCGCGCGGAGGUGGCGGAGUGGCUGGCCAACCUACCGCUGCGGAUAUUGCCCGCGGGCCAGGAAUUGCGGGUGUGCGUGCUGGAUGGCUUUUUGCUCUAUCCCUCCCCGGAGGAGGAGGAUGAUACUGACGCGGACGCGGACGGGGAUGUGAGGGCGCUGCGUGCCGUCGCGGCGCUGCUGGAUGUCAAGCUCCUGUUGCUGGCGAGCCGGGCGCAGACGGUGGCGAGGCGCACGAGGCGGGCCGGGUAUGUGACUCUCGAGGGGUUCUGGCAGGAUCCUGAGGGUUACGUGGAGGAUGUGGUGUGGCCGAAUUAUGUGCGGGAUUUGGGGUGGGUGAUGCGGGAGGGGAGGGGGGUGGAUGAUGGGGUGCGGGGGAAGGAGGGAAAGGGGAUGGGGAUGGGGAUGGUGGAUGUGGAUGAGGGAAAGGCGGAGGGAGAGGCGCUGAGGGUGGCGCCGGGGAGGGGGGAGUGGGAUUUGGGAGCGUUGUUGGUUUGGGCUGUUGGGGAGGUCAGGAGGGGUGUUGAGGCGAGGAGGGAGCUGGGAGGGUAG